AUGUACAGCAACGUCUGCAAGACACCAAUAACACUAGAUGAGAUGGUGAAGGCCAAGGAGAUAUCGUCUCGGGAACAAAGCACGAUUUCCUUAGGCACGUACUCGGACCAAGAGCAGGAGUUUGAGCUCGGCUCCACUUCCUCGCCGUCAGAUUUUCUUGAUCAAGUUGGGUACUCCGCCGUGAACGACAACGCCUUCGUCAAUUUGCAGAAGUCGCUUCAAUAUGGGAACGAGGUGCCAGCCGCUACCGCCAAAUCGGCCGGGUUCUUGCUUUGCGCCUCCCGAAAGGACAAGUACUGGAAUCUUGCCAAACAGCUGCCACCGCAUAGUGUUGCGAUGGAGCUUGUCGGGUGUUUUUUCUCCGAAGUUAAUUGGUAUCUCACGGUGCUUGAGCAGUAUUACUUCAACAAACUCCUUAAUUCUUGGCACGAUCUGAGUUUCGCCCUCGCGGAACAGGCCGAUCCGAAAGACCUUUCGCGUGAUCUCCAGUACUUUCCAGCUUUACUUUUCCAAGUCCUUGCUAUGGCGCUGCAGUUUUUACCGCCCAACACCAAAAGUGCCGAAGUCCUUCAACUGGAAGACCCGACCGCAUGUGACCGACUGUCUCAGAGAUAUAGCAAUUUAGGCCUCAGAAUAAUGGCCCUGUUAGGACGACAUGACUCCACAAUCGUUGCCGUCCAGCAUGAUCUUAUGAGAGCUGCCUGGCUGAAGUGUUUCAGCCGAGGAACGGAAGCUUGGUACAGCGUCGGCAAUGCCGUCAGACAGGCCCAAGGGAUAGGAUUGCAUUUGCAAUCCGAGGUCCGACAGGCGGAAGGAGGCGACGUGGAAGACACGCUCGUACGACUCUGGUACGAUGAGUAUAAGAGACGCCUGUGGGUCACUUUGUUCGUGUGGGAUAGCCAUAUGGCCCAGAUAAUGGGCAGAGCGCGGACAAUCAACGUGGACGACUGCACAAUCAAAACGCCCUUAGACUGCAAUAUACCCGAGAACCCUGCCAAGACGGUACCAACAGUGGCAAGUGGGCGCGAUGCGCCGUCUUCAUAUACGCCGCAACUGUUUAAUUAUGGUCUCGGGCAACUGAUCCAUAAAACGCUGUCUUCUGGGGCCGGAAAACCUCACGUUAAAGACUACAACGUUGUCAAGACACUUCACGAUCAAGUCAUCUCAUUGCUCGACGCUCUACCGCCGGUCAUGCGUCCCGAGAACCCUGACACCUCUUGGGACUCGACAUGCCCAAACUUGCCCAAACAACGUCAACAGAUAUUGAGUUUUGCAAACUCGUUUCUUAUGGCACUGCACAGACCGCAUGUCGCGGCGCACAGUGCAAGUCGCCAAGCAGCUGUACAAGCAGCGCUCGAUACCCUCGAAUCACAACAACGGCUCUUCGACAUGAUGAGCAGGCAUCACUACAAGCUUUACUCUUUGUCCUGUCUGACUAUCGAUGCUGGUGUUUUCCUAUCCGCUAUGGCAAUUGAGCAUCCGCCAAUGAACUACGACGUCUUAGGGCAAACUCAACGCGCCCUGCAACAAGCCAUUGGCCGACUUUCCUUGAUGCAGGAGCGGAGUGCCAUGGCGAGAUCAGGCGUUCAGGUAUUCACGCAUUGCUAUCGGAUGAUACAGGAACGCUUCCGAAUGGAUUAUGGCCUAGUCGACCACGAAGCUUCGGUGGCUAUCCCAGCUCAGCUCGGAGAGGCAGAGCAGGUGAAUUAUUUAUCCGAGGGUGACCAUACCCACAAACCACAGUUCCCUGUUCAUUACUUCCAAUCAACCCCGUCCGACUCAGGCAACGCGUCUACGGCUCCAGUCUCCCAACCAACAAGCUCUGACGUGUUCCCAUAUCCUACUGAUUUCAAUGCAACAGUCUGGCUGGAGCCGUUGGCCUGCAGCGCGGACACUUCGCUGGACAAUUCUCUGGAUGCGUCAUUCUGGAUGGAGCCGCUGGGCCCGAACGUGGAUGCCGAUGUGGAUGCACCGGCUGGUCACUCGGUAUGGGAUCCUCUAUUGAGUUAUGGUCCAGACUAA